AUGACCAUCUACAAUAUAGUCCUGUACAAGUUCAAGUCGGAGGCAACCCCCGAGCAAAGAGAGUAUGUGAAGGAACUUAUCAAAGAGCUUCCAUCAAGAAUAUCCGCGCUUCAGAGCGUUAUCACCGGAGAGAAGGUCCUCCACCCCCUCGACCACGGCUAUGACAUGGGGGCCAUUUUUUUGUUCGAGAACAAGGAGAAAUUGGAUGAAUUCCGCCCGCAUCAGGCGCAUACUGAUUACCGGGCCCUCUCCAGCCCGUACCUUGAAGGUGCGUAUAUUAAUGCUGCCAAUAGACUAGAUCACAUAGCGGGAAAACUCCCAGACAAGAUGGUCUUCGACAUGGAAACAGCUUAA